AUGAAAAAACAUCCACACACCAAAGUAUCUAAUGUUCGACGACGAAAACGAAGGUCAACUCAACGAGUAUCAAAGGUAGUACCGAUCACUGAUAAACAACAUAACUCUAAACCAAUAAUACAAAGGACUUCAAGUUUAAAUGAUCAGAAGCAAUCAAUAUUAUCCACUCAAAAUCAUCAAUGGACUUUACCAAAUACAUUAAAAUAUCAUCCCAAUAUCACUGAAGCUUUCCAGUUUCCAUUCGAAAAGGAAAUAAAUCGAUGGUCAAAUACUGAUAGCUUGGAUAUUGCUCGAUAUAAUCAUGCGGCAUCUCGAUUAACAAAUGGAAAAGUGCUAGUUACUGGUGGAAUUAAUGUUCUUAGCUUAAACGGUGCUGUAUUAUAUGAUCCAUCCACAGGAUUAUGGACGGCUACUGGUAAUAUGAAUGAUGCUCGACGUUAUCAUACAGCACCUGUAUUAGCAGAUGGAAAUGUGUUAGUUAUCGGUGGAUACAAUAGUAUGGAGUUAAAUACUGUUGAGUUAUAUAAUAUAUCAACAGGAUUAUGGACAGUCACGAGGAAUAUGACCUAUGCUCGAUAUGCACAUACAGCUUCUGUAUUAACUAAUGGACAAGUAUUAGUUACUGGUGGACUUAGUGGUAUUUUUGUGAAUGUUAGUGAACUAUAUGAUCCUUCAAUAGGCGCGUGGACAAUUACUGGUAGUCUUAAUUAUUAUCGAUAUACACAUACAGCAUCCGUGUUAACCAAUGGAAAAGUGUUAGUUACCGGUGGAUACGGUAAUAGUGGGGUUUUGAACAGUGCUGAGUUGUAUGAUCCAUCAGUAGGAAUAUGGGUAACUACUGGUAACUUGAAUUAUGCUCGAGCUUAUCACACUGCAACUGUGUUAACCAGUGGAAAAGUAUUGGUUACUGGUGGAUUUGACACUAGUUAUUUAAAUAAUGCUGAGUUAUAUGAUCCAUCUACGGGAUUAUGGUCAGUUACUGGUAAUAUGAGUUAUGUUCGAGGUUAUCACACAGCAUCCAUAUUAACAAAUGGAAAAGUGUUAGUUGCUGGAGGAACUAGUAUUACUGGUGCCUUGAACAGUGCUGAAUUAUAUGAUGCAUCAACAGGAGUAUGGACAACAACUGCUAAUAUGAGUUAUGCUCGAACAUAUCAUACAGCAUCCGUAUUAACCAAUGGAAAAGCGUUAGUAACAGGUGGCGCUAGUGUUGCUGCUUUAAAUAGUUCAGAGUUAUAUCAAGCAUAA